AGUUAGCUCAUCAAACAAACUUUGUUUUACAGCAAAAACCAAAAUAAUUUUAAAAAUCCCAAGUCUAGUUUCUGUAUUUGUUCAGUGUUUUUCUUCUUUACUUUUCUGGUUUUAAGCUGCUAAAAUCACCUCCUAAGCUUUUAUAUUUUUGGUAUAAUGGAGAACUGGUUGGGUCUUCUUAGAAUUCACAUCAAGAGAGGAGUGAAUCUUGCUAUCAGAGACGCCCUAAGCAGUGACCCUUAUGUAGUUGUCAAAAUGGGAAAGCAGAAGUUGAAGACUCAUGUGGUGUCUCAUAAUGUAAAUCCAGAAUGGAAUGAUCUUCUAACUCUCACAGUUUCGAAUUUUAAUACUCCAGUUAAGCUGUUUGCAUAUGACAAGGACACCUUCAGCUUUGAUGACAGCAUGGGUGAUGCAGAGUUUGAGAUAAGCCCAUAUUUGAAGGCCUUGAAGAUGGGCUUAAAGGGCCUCCCAAAUGGAACCAUAAUCUCAAAAGUCCAGCCCAAUAGGCAUAACUGCCUAGCGGAAGAGAGUAAAAUUUACUUCUCAAAUGGCAAAGUUGUGCAGGACAUGGUUCUGAGACUCAGAAAUGUGGAGUGUGGUGAAAUUGAACUUCAGUUGCAGUGGAUUGAUGUUCCAAAUUCAAAGGGCUUGUAGGGUUAAAGCUAGUACAUAUGAUAGGCAAAAUUAGAGUACAUAAGCGCAGUAUCCUCCAAUCCCUUGUGAAUCUGUCAUUCUAAAUGGGGGUUGUGAAAGAACAUAGCUCAACAACUGCUUUCUGUUCAUUUUCCCCUGUAAAAAGUAUUUAAUUAAAUUCAUUCUUUAUUGUAUUCAAAAAAAAAAAAAAAAUCAUUCUUUAUAAACGAAAGUGUAAUGCUCUUUUCGUUUAA